AUGUCUUCCGGUCGUCUAUUGAAUCGUGUAGCGAUAGUGACAGGUGCAUCAUCUGGCCUAGGCCGUGCAAUCGCACUUCAACUCGCUGCGGAAGGGGCCAAAAUCUGCUGCGUCGACCUCUAUGAGAAUCCGCGCAACAAGACCAAUGCUGCUACCGGAAAAGCGGACGACUUCAACAAUCGUACUGAUGGAGAGACGACACUCCAGGAAUUGCAUCGAUUGCAUGGUGAAGAGAGGGCGGUCUUCGUUCAUGCAAAUAUGACUAAGGCUGAAGAGGUAGAACAUAUGGUGACUCAAUGCGUCAAGAAAUACGGCCGCAUCGAUAUCAUAUGCAACAACGCCGGCAUCUCAGUCGAAUCAACCCACCCAACCCCCCUCCCAAUCCACCUCCUCCCCGAAUCCGACUGGGACCUAACAAUGCUCAUCAACGUCAAAUCCAUCUUCCUCGGCUCAAAAUACGUCCUAACACAAAUGCUCUCCCAACAACCCCUCCCUAAUACCACCUCCCUUGGCUGGAUAAUCAACACCGCCUCCAUCCAAGCCCUAGUAGCCUACCACAACACCCCAGCCUACUGCGCCUCCAAAGGCGCCGUAGCCCAACUAACAAAACAAAUCGCAUUAGAUUACGCACCACAUAAAAUCCAUGUGAAUUCGAUUUGUCCUGGAUUCUUAAAAACGGCUAUGACGCAGAAUUUGCAGAACAGUCCGAUUAAAAAGGAGGCGAUUGAUAAGGCGCAUCCGUUUGGUGGGAUGGGGAGAGUGGAAGAUGUGGCGAAAGCGGUGCUGUUUCUUGCGAGUGAUGAUUGUGCUUGGGUUACGGGGGUGAAUUUGCCUGUCGAUGGGGGGUAUAUGAUUACUUGAGAGAGGAACGGUGGUGGUGGUG